GGAGCCAUGUGCCGGGAUAGGCUGCUGUGGUAAAGACAGCCAAGAAACCAUCAUCAAGUGUAGAGACUCUGCACUGAACAUCAUGGAUCUCUAUACCAAGGGCACACGUGUGUGGGUGGCCAGUGACUCUGUAGUGUGGGAGGAUGGAGAGGUGGUGGACUGUGAGGGUGGGCGUGUCCACGUCAGGUCACAUGACGGUCGUUCCCUGGUUAUAUCGUUACAAGACAACCCCCCUCACUUGAUGAACCCUGAUAUUCUAGUGGGAGCUAAUGACCUCACAUCACUGAGCUACCUACACGAACCAGCAGUUCUGCACAAUCUCAGUGUUCGGUUCCAGAGAUCCGGUACCAUCUACACGUACUGUGGUAUAGUGCUGGUGGCAGUCAACCCUUACCAGCCAUUGCCCAUAUAUGGCAAUGAGAUAGCGGCAGCCUACAGUGGACGGCAUGCGGUGAACCUUGACCCCCACAUCUACGCUAUAGCCGAGGAGGCCUUUGCUAGACUAACCAGAGAGGGGCGCAGUCAGUCAGUGAUAGUGAGUGGGGAGAGUGGAGCGGGGAAGACUGUCAGUGCAAAGUACACCAUGAGCUACUGUGCGGCAGUGGGCGGGGCUGAGUCACAUGACUGUCAUGUGGACAGGAAGGUCCUAGCGUCCAAUCCGAUCAUGGAGGCUAUUGGUAACGCUCGUACCACUCGUAACGACAACAGUAGCAGGUUUGGCAAGUACACUCAGAUCAGGUUUAACAAGAGUCACCAAAUAACUGGAGCCCUCAUGAGCACCUUCCUCCUGGAGAGGUCAAGGUGUGUUCGGCCGUCCCUUGGUGAGAGGAACUAUCACAUCUUCUAUCAGCUGUGUUCUUGUGCGGAGGAGGAAGAGUUUAGUCACCUCCGAUUGUCUCCGCCUACUGACUUCCAUUACACUAAUCAAGGUGGGUGUGUCCAGAUCAACGGUGUGAGCGACCAAUCAGAAUUCAGGAAUACUCGCGAGGCUCUUCGGAUGCUUGGUUUCCAUGAAGAUCAGGAGGCGUAUAUAUUCCGCGUACUAGCAGCCGUACUUCACCUUGGCAACGUCCAGGUGGGCGUGGCACAUUCCGGAGGGGAAGACGUAUCUACAAUCUCAUUGGACGAUGAUCACAUGACCCAUGCCGCUCAGUUACUGGGAGUGGAUAAAGCUCAACUGCGACUCUGGCUAACACAUAGACUGAUAGUAACAGCACGGGAGAGUUUGAAGAAACCACUGUCUCCGGAGCAAGCAUUAUCUGCUCGUGAUGGCUUAUCCAAACAUUUGUACGCUCGUCUAUUUGAUUGGGUGGUGGUGCAGAUCAACCAAUCACUGAGCAGUCGUCAGUCACAUGACCAGCCCUUUAUAGGGGUGCUGGACAUCUAUGGCUUCGAGGUAUUCAACGUGAACAGUUUUGAGCAGUUUUGCAUCAACUAUGCGAAUGAGAAACUGCAGCAACAAUUCAACCAGCAUGUUUUUAAGUUGGAACAACAAGAGUACGUGAGAGAAGCCAUUGAGUGGUCGUUCAUCCAUUACCAUGACAACCAGCAUACCAUAGACCUCAUCGAAAGCCGACUCGGUAUUUUAGAUUUACUGGACGAAACAUGUCGGCUCCCCUCGUCUAGCGAUGCACUGUUUGUACAGAAGCUCUACUCCGCCCACUUGACCACACCCUCUUUCUCAAAGCCUCGUACAUCUGUACGUAGCUUCUGUGUGACUCACUAUGCUGGAGCAGUGGAGUACAUGAACACUGGGUUUGUGAGUAAGAACUUGGACUCUGUUCAUAUAGAACACGUCAGUCUCGUCAGGGGGAGUAAGGACAAACUAGUGGCAGGGCUGUUUGCUGACAAUGCUAAAAGCACAAAGGGAGGAAUAAAGAAAGAAACUGUCGGAUCUCAGUUCCGAACUUCCCUCUCACAAUUAAUGAGCACCCUCAGUUUGACCACACCCCAUUACGUCCGCUGCAUCAAACCAAACGACAACAAAACACCUUUCACGUUUGACCCUCAUCGUGUAGUGCAGCAGUUGAGAGCGUGUGGUGUUCUAGAGACGGUGCGGAUUAGUGCAGCUGGUUAUCCCUCGCGAUGGCUUUACGGAGAGUUCAGGGCGCGUUACCGAAUGCUAGGGGUCAAAGGUCAUCAGAGGGGGUGUGCUGAGAGGGAGGUGGUCCAAGGAUUGCUAGAACGUUGUAUCAAGGAUCGUGACAAGUAUCGCCUUGGUCGCAGCAAGGUGUUCUUCCGUGCUGGUCAGGUGGCCUACCUCGAGAGAUUGCGCUCUCUGAUACUGCAGAGUAGUGGUCUCAUGAUACAGAAGCAUGUGCGUGGAUGGAUACAACGGAGGAGGUACCUGAGUCUAAAGAUUCUCACUGUGAGAUUACAAGCUCUGGUGAGGGGCGUGGCUGCAAGGAGGUGGGCGUGGCAUCUUAGACAGACAAGUGCGGCCACUACUCUUCAGAAGUAUAUCCGCUGUUUUAUUGCCCGGAAACAGUUUCUACGGUUACGAUUUGGUUGCCUGGCGAUACAGAGUCUGUUUCGAGGCUUGGCCGCUAGAAAGCGCUAUCGUGCCCUCGUGUGUGAUGUGAAGGCGACCAUGAUUCAGAGUGUAGUGCGUGGAUGGUUGGAGAGGAUACACUACAGACGAGCGUUGAGGGGUGUGGUCAUUGUACAAUGCUUGGUUAGGAGGUGGCGUGCUAAGAGACAGCUAAGAGCUCUCAAGAUGGAGGCUCGCUCAGUGGACAGACUACAGACGUUGAAUAAAGGCUUUGAGAACAAGAUAAUAGAACUACAACAGAAGCUCACUGACCAGAUAUCAGCCAACAACGUCCUCAGGGCUAAGUCUGAUCGCCUGGAAACACAGCUCAAGUCUGCCCACCUCCGCCACUCCACAGCACUGGAGCAGGCCACCCUCAGGCUAGCACACCUGCAGGCGGCCCUAGAGACGGCACAAGUGGCGCAGCAAUCGCUUGAAGAGCAGCUAAAGUCCGAGCAACAGUCAAGCUCUUCACUGGAGGAACAACUCAACGCUGAACGAGAAAAGCACAUAAAAACACUCGAAAAAUUAGCGCUCCUGGAGAAAGAAAACGCGGCAAGUCAUGUGAUAGAUCAUGUGCCGAAAGAGGGUGAUCAUGUGAUACAAUCUGAAGAAAUAAUGAAACCACCACCUCCUAGUAUUGUAGAAGAUUCACUAGAAAUGAAAUAUUCCGAUUCUUUGCAAAGUCCGUUCACACUUCCACCCGUAACCAAGGCAACACAACAACAGAAAGCCACACCCACUAGUGCUCCGCUACACUCCACCCCCACGAAAACAUUGGAAUCAAAACAUCGGAACAGGGCUCUGCCCGAUCAUAUUCGUAAUAUGCUUUUAUCUGAGAGAGAUACGUCAAGGUCAAAGGUCACUAACGAUACUCCAUAUACUGGGUACAGUGGGGUCAAAGGUGAGGGGAUUUCCCUGCCAGAGGAGGCACUAAUUGGUCUGAGACAAGCGUUUGAUUUGAUCAAUACACUGACGUCCAUCAAUGUACAGCUGCAAGAUGAGCUAGCCCGACUGUCACAGGAGAACCUGACACUACGAGACGUUGCCCCACACCCUCCCUCAGCACGAAGGCAACAAUCACUACCACUCACGCCACUCUCACCCCGUCACCAUGAUAACCCAUCGCCACGACGAUCAUCCAUCCCGUUGCGGACACGCCCCCCUCUUGCUAACGUCUCAUUGGACAGUUUAGUUGAAGCUCCGUGCAUGGGAAUGUUGGAAUGGGAACAUCGGAAUGUGAAGCAAGUAGCAUCCAGUCUGGUUAUGGAAAUAGACCCGGAGAAACUGACCAAUCAAAUCCCUUGCUUGCCGGCCCAUAUGAUGUUUAUGUGCUUGAGAUAUGCGGACCAUGUGAAUAACGAGGAACAAGCUACUCAGUUUAUGGAGGGUGUCGUCAACGCGUUGCAUCAGGUGACCCAUCGUAACCAUGGAAACCUGGAGCUCCUAUCGUUUUGGAUGGCCAAUACGUGUCGUCUCAUGCACAACAUGAAACAGUUCAGCGGAGGACAUGAUACGUCCUCUCAUACCCUGGUGAACUUUGACCUCUCCGAGUACCACCGUAUAUUGACGCACAGAGCCACUGCCAUCUACCACGCUAUGAUAGAGUUGAUACACUCACGUCUCAAGGGGCUUAUUGUACCAGGCCUAGUAGAACAUGAGUCUAUUCCUGGCAUCACAUCCUCGCGUCCGAUUGGCUCAAAGGGCUCGGCCGAGUCACAUGAUUCUCCUCUCGUUAGCGUUGAUAUGGUUGUCAAGGAGAUUAAUACCAUGGUGAUGACGCUACGACAGAACUAUGUUGAUCCAGAGAUAGUCAGUCAAAUCAUUCGACAGAUUUUCUUUGUCGUGAAUGCCACCAUGUUGAACAACCUUCUCUUGAGGAGAGAGCUCUGUCACUGGUCCAAGGGAGUGCAAAUGAGGUAUAACGUCAGUCAACUUGAGGAUUGGGCGCGGGACAUGGGUGCCAUGGCAACAGUGGCGCUAACAGAGCUACUCCCAAUCGUAGAGGCCUCUAAACUGCUACAGAUGAGGAAGAGCUCCACUAGUCAUGCCCCGGCCAUCUCUGAGCACUGCUCUCAUCUGAAUGCUCUGCAAGUUCAGAAGAUUCUGUCGAUGUAUUCUCCAGCUGACGAUUAUGAGGAGCGUGUGCCUAGUGCUCUAAUCCGAUUGGUCGCUGAAAUGUGCGAGGCAGAUCAAGUGGACCCCAACAACAUCAUGGUUGAUGUUCAUCGAUUUUAUCCAAUCGAAAUAUCAUACGUAUCAUGUGAUGUGAGUUUCCCCACACUCAAAAUUCCACACAAUCUACUCGGCAAGCACAUGACUGUCAUGUGACCUACGAACUGUAUUGAUUGCUACGUACAUGUACACUUAUUCAAAUUCUGUUAUAUAUUCGUAUAUCGACAAUAUUCAUUUUGUCACAUGCUUUUUGCUCACAUAAGAUUAUAAUAAA